AUGAUUAAAAAAAUCACUCUCUGGGAAAAAGAAAUACAAACAAAUAACUGUGAGCCGUUUGAAAGAAUGAACAUAUUUUUGCAAGAUACUAAGAAAAAUGUAUCUAAUUUUACUGAACUCAAGACUCAAAUGGUCCAGCACUUGAAUGCACUGAAAAUCCGUAUAAGAGAGUAUUUUCCGCCUUUGGAGAAACAAUAUGACUGGAUACGUGAUCCCUUUGAUGUUGAUGCUACAGACACUAACCUGACUACUUUUGAAAAAGAGCAGCUCAUUGAAGUCUCGUGUGAUCCCUCGAUGAAAAACAAAUUCUUAAAUUCUGGUACUACAUUGUUAGAUUUUUGGAUCUAUGUUGGAAAGGAACAAAAAGAACUGUCUAGCACUGCUGUAAAAUUUCUUGUUGGAUUUUCCACCACUUAUUUAUGUGAAAGAGGUUUUUCAAGUUUAACUUAUGUUAAAUGUAAAUAUAGAAAUAAAUUAAAUGUCGAAGAUGAUUUAAGAUUGUAUGUAACUAAAUUAGAACCCAAUAUUGAUAAACUGUGCCAACAGAAACAAGCUCACGCAUCUCACUAA